AAUUUUUUAUCAGUUUUGUCAAAAAAAAUAAUAACAAAAUCGGAAAGUGAUGCAGAAGAGAAACUUAGAGAGGCUUUCAAGGUGUUUGACAAAGAUCUAAAUGGCUAUAUUUCAGCUUGUGAGCUGAGGAAUGUGAUGAUGAAGAUUGGUGAGAAACUGAACGAUGAAGAGGUUGAGCAGAUGAUCAGAGAAGCUGAUUUGGACGGCGAUGGUCAAGUUAACUAUGAUGAAUUUGUGAAGAUGAUGACCACCAUUGGAUGACCAUCAUCAUCUACGU